AUGGCGGCAACAGAUGAUGCUCUUCCUUUCCCAUACCCAUUAGCCCUCGGCACCGACAUAUGCCAUAUUCCUCGAAUCCAGCGACUUCUGACUGACAAUAGCCAGAAACAAGUCGACAGAUUCAGCCAGCGAAUUUUCAGUCCGGCAGAGCGGUCUUUUUUCCAGGAGCAAUAUGACAAGGUGUUGCAAUUAAGAGAGAAUAUCGCAGACAAGGCCGAUAACGAAGAUAAUGGCCAGGAUGAGUCCGGUACCGAUAAAAAUCUGCAGCGCACUCAAUACGAGCGAGCGUUUUGGAAGUUGUCAAGUUGGGUGGCUGGGCGGUUCGCGGCCAAGGAGGCCGCCAUGAAGGCAGUAUAUCCUCACAGACUGGGUUGGCAUCAAGCUGAAAUCUUGACGGUCCCUGGCAAGAUGAAGCCAGUCCUGGUUUUACAUGUACCGCCACCUCAAACUGCAGAUACAAACGAGGGGGAUGGAGACCUACCACCAUUGAGAAGACAAGUGGCACAGCUCUCAAUCAGUCAUGAUGGGGAUUAUGCUACGGCUACCGUAUUGGCGGUCAACCACUCUGCAUAA